AUGUCAUUCCUGAAACGCAUUUUCAAAGUGAAGAGCAAAGCUGCACGUUCGCAAUUCGAAGCAGAAUACGAUCCGAGUAUAAUAGCCAUCAAGGAUUGGGAUGUGGAUUUAUUUGUCAAGUGGUUACAAUCGCUGGAAGGAGUGAGCACGGCAACUAUUGAAAAAUUAAAACAAGAAGAAUGGGACGGAAGGUCACUGAUGUGUUUUUCUAGAAGUGAUUUAACUUCUAUUAGGGUACCUGUUUCUGAGGCAAUUAUUAUAGAACAACGACUUGAUCAACUGAAACUUGAUCAAGAUUACAUGAUGGGAUCUUUCAAUAACGCAACAAGUGGAGAAAAUGAUGUACAAUCAACGACAAGUUCAUCAAUUGGAACUAGAUCGAAUACUUUAUUUCACAGCAGUUUAGUCGAUUCGGAUAAUGAUAUUUCUUCUGUUUUACAGAAAAAUUCAGAGAUUACUUCAAUUUUGAGUUUACCAGAGAGCAGUUUUGAAAAUUUGAAUGAGAAUCACAUUGUACAGACACAUAGACCAGAGUUAUUUAACGAUUUUUCAGAGUUUACAGUUAAGGUAUUUCAGUUGAGUUUGAGAAGAUUGGAACAAGCGUUUCCUCCACUUUCGUCUCGAAGUCAAUCACUGGUCGAGGUCAAUAAGAGAGCUUCUUCCAGUAAUCAUCAAGUUUAUUCCUCACUUCCUCCAACUGCUAAUGUCCACCAAUCGAAUAAUGACAUGUUACUCUUCUUACCAUCACAAGCUUCACGAUUGAGUCCUUUAGAGAAUUUGUGUCUCAAUAAUUGUAUCAAGAAAAUCAAGCCAUGUGGUGGUGGUGGACUCGUUCCACAAGAGAAGAAACUCUUAGCUCAUACAUUAAUCUUGGCCGAUUGUUUCAUGUUUUGCUACUUUUUCAAUUAUCAAACUGUUUUAAUGAGCUUGGAAAAGUCAAUGCACAGUGGAGUGAAUAUUGGAGGAUUAUUGGCAAAGAAGGUGCAGAAUGAGGAACUUGUGGAGGAUGACGUUGAGAAGCGAUUUGUUUCUGCCUUGCGAGAAAUAACUGAUAAUACCAAUGGUCUGGGAGGUUUUGUAAAUAAUGUUGGCUCUUCACCAUUGACAAGAAGUUUCAGUGGAUUGACAUCUUCGUCACAGAAAUUGUCUAGAUCUCAGAGUUUUGGUUCGAAACCAUUUAUUUUAAUUCAGUUAGUUAUAUUCCCAUUUAGUCAUUCACACGUUUUUUCUAUGGGCUCAGAUAAGAGAUUACGACCAUAUACACUGUUUAGAACAGGACUCAUGGUUGGUGAUUGGUUUUUGGAGUGGGGAGAAGAUUCCAUUGUUCAUCCUUCAUUGUCUAAUCCAUACAAGACCAGUCCUUCAUGUAAUUGCAUUCAAUUAUUGAAAGUGGAAGGUGAGAAGAAUAUUGCCCGAUUUUUGAAAAAGAUUUCACAAGUGUGCUGUCUGUGGAAUGGUACUCGAUUGUUCAACUUACAGAAAAGUAAUCAUCAACAUUUUGUUGUGGAUAUUCUCUCUGCUCUGGGUUCCCUCUCGAAUAUUAAGCAAUUGGGUAGUAUAACCAAGUUUUUGGAAAGAAUUGAAUUGAUUGGAUUUACAGAUAUGAGGUUAACAUUCACUUCACAAUUUCUCCAGAAUGAAUUCCCUAACACUGAACAUAUUACCUUUCAUACUCACUCGGAUUUGGAUAAUUUCUUCUUGAAAAUUGAGAAUAUCAAUCCAUCAUACUUUCACGAAGAUAGUGAUGGUCGUUUUGAUCACUUUUUAUUGAGAUUAUUUGAUAGAUCGUUUUAUUGUAGGAAGGAUGCCAACAUUUACGAGAAGGCUGAUCAUCCUCUCAAUAGAGGAGAUUGUGAUCUUUGUCCAUUCAAUAUUGAAGGAUUGAGUUUGAAGGAAUUGGAGGAGAGAGAAAUCUCUGAAAUUAUUAAAUCUAAAGGUCCUAAUUACAGAGCUGUUCUGGCCGGUUACGAACCAGCCAAUCCAGCCAGUGAAAGAGAUUGGAAGUUUUAAUAAACUGGAACUACCUUUAUUGGAUCCAA